UCACCACACCUUAAGGCUUCUCAGAAAAACAAGCAGAAUUCUGAAUGGGUUACUCCAAACCCAGAAAACCGACAGAUGAUAAUGAUGAAGAAAAAGAAGAAGAAGAAGAAGAAGAAGAAGAAGAAACAUGCCCCUAAGAACUUGCUGCUUAACUUUGUAACUAUUAAAGAAACCAAGGCAGAUGAUGGCGACAAUGAAGGAAACAGUGUCACAUUAGACCUUCCCAUUGAAUUGGAAGAGCAAACCAUGGGCAAAUACAACUGGGGCACUAUACCUACUACCUUCAAACCUGACAGCCCUGAUUUAGCCCGGCACUAUAAAUCUGCCUUUCCACAGCCAGCCUUCCAGAUUCAACCUGAAACUCCCCUGAAUUCAAAGCACCAUGUCAUCCAGGAACUGCCACUUGAUAACACCUUUGUGGCCUGUGAUUCCAUCUCCAAGUGUUCUUCCAGCAGUUCUGAUCCUUACAGUGUUUCUGAGUGCAGUUAUCCAGUGACUACCUUCAAGACACUUGUGUCUGUACACACCAGACAGACUGAUUCCAGGACAUCAACUAUUGAAAUCUUCAGUGAGAUAUAA